AAAUCUUCCUCUCAUCAAACCCUGUAAUACCGCCCAUUUCUUCUCGCCAUGGGAGAAGAAGAUAGAGGAAGCUAUGGCGGAGCUUACGCGGCACCACCAUUAGUUUCACUAUCCUCAUUUUUCUCACCUUCUUCUACUUCUUAUUCUUCACGCCGAUUAUCAAGCAAUUUCAGUGAACCGAAUCGUCCGAUCCGUUCAGCUAGAAGACUCUCAUGGGUAAAUUUACAAGGUCGACUUGUUAAUGCAGAAGAAUCAAGUUCUUCUAAAGCCAUUGGAGGUUCAUUGAGUAAAGAAGAAGGCUUAGCUUGGGAUCUAUUUAGUCCCAUUCGUAGAAUUUUAAUUGUUGCCGUUGUCGCUGUUGCUUCUGCGGAUUUAAAGAAAUCUCGCCAGAUUUGGAAGCUUAAAAAAGCCAUUUAUAAGAGGGAUCAGGUGUUGCUAAGCAUGCAGGAGAAGCUGGAUAAUCUAUGUGAGCAGGUGACUACGACGAAGGACCAGGGUGACAUUGAGGAAGAUGUUUCAUUCACAAAAAUUGAAGAAAUUCCAUUCAAUAAGGUCAUAAAACUGGAACAAAGCAUUAUUCCUGCCUGCGGAUGUCGUCCUUGUGGUCAUCAUCAGGAUUUCUCAAACGGGUUGACGAAAGACUUUGGCGAGAAACCAAUUGGUGGAGAUGAAAUGUUCAAGUUCAAACCAGUCAUAGGUGGGGCAGAGCAAGAGGAACGCCGCAUGUCUGAUCUAUCUGAUUGGGGUUCGAGUGUCACAUCUGCUGCAGAUAUCCAGCUUAGUUCGCUAGCAUUAGAGCAAGAUAUCUAUAAUCUUCAAAGAGAAUGCGAAGAAAAAGACACAACCAUAAAGGAGUUAGCAUCUAUAGUUAAUGCAGUUGAUGCUACUGGUUCAAAGAGAAUCUCAGAGUUGGAAGAUGUCAUACGAAGGAAAAACUUGACAAUUUCAAAGCUGAAGAAGGACAUGGCCGUUCUGGAGCAGCAGGUUGUUCACCUUACCAGACUUCGAAGACCUUCUUCCUCUGCAUUAACAUUGAAAGUUAGUCAGCUACCAGUAAUGGCAGAUAAUCUCCUAUACGACAUGAGCUCUUCUAGUCCAUCUUCAUCAGAUUCUGAUACCCCUGUUGAGAAUCCACCACGGCCUUCAGUUUCUCAAGAACGAAGUGAAAUUACUCCUCCAAUUUGUCGAAAUGUUCUUGUGCAGACAGAUACUCAAACACCUUCUUCAGCAAAACCAUAUUUAUCUUUAACGAAGUCAACUAAUAAAUCUCCGAAGCUUCAAUCUGUUAGCCCUCUCACUGAGAAUUCUAUGAAUCAGAGAUCCGAUUCUAAAUUGUUGGUUAGUAAUGAAAUGCGAACGAGUGGGGAUCAGAAAAGGAAUAGGAGACGUUUUCAGCAACCUGGUUCAGCAAAGAGAUGGGUUUAGCAAGUGGCUUAAUAUAUAAUCAUUUCCUUUAGCAAGAGUUGGGUUUAGUAUUUGCUCAAAUUCAUGAGCAAAUACUGUAGGUUGGCAGUAAAGAGUUAUCAUUUUCUAUAACUUAUUAUUGUCUUGUUUUUGUUCUCAGGGUUAACAGAAAGUUAAUUUAUAGGGUAUAAAUGAGCAGUAUGAGUCCAAGACUAUAGGCGGAGAGACGAUAAUCAACCAAGAGUAUUAUUGGCUACUUGCACUUUUGAAAGCCUCUCGGAGAAAGCUUCGUGACGUUGUGUUAUUUGUAGCCUUUAAUCAGAACAACGAUCAAGCUGUAAAAGAGGAAGAAAAAUGUAGAGGAACCCUCUCAAUGAUGUAAUUCCAUCAUAAAUGUUACUUAUAUAAAUUUAUUUCAGUAAUUUUCUUUUUGGUACAA